GUCAUCACCACCUCCAUCCUUGCCUUGAAGUCUGUCUUCCUUGGCCUCUGCCUCUCUCUUUGGCCACUGAUCUCCCAUUGCCAUCGUGCUCUUUAGAAGAGCAAUACAUGCACGACGAAAAUGAUACGAGGAAACUUUUCUCUCUUGUUGUUGGUUGCGAUUGGAGUCUUGUCAGCGGAGGCGUUCGCACCAACAGCAUCAUCCAGACUACUAUCUUUCUCGCAAUCAGCCUUACUUGCCUCCAACAAUGAUGAUGACUGGAUUUCCCUGACAGACGACCAUGCCGUUCGAAAACGAAUCCUACAAGCCGGUACCAGUACGGGUGACAGCGACAACAUUGGCCAGUUCUCUCAAGUGACACUGGAUUACACCGGCACACUGGGUGAAAUCGAUUGGGAUACCGACGGCGUCAUUGACUGCUGGUUGUCGUCACAACAAGGAAUGGAUCAUCUCGUCGACGCAGUGCGAGACGCUCAACUAACGGCCGCCCAACUCUUGGACGAAUCCUACUUUACGGAAGACUUUGUGGCGACCACCUUGGGUGUUUCCAACAAUAAGAUUCAAAUAAAAAAACUCGUCAUGGCGGCGAAACGAUUGCAAAAGGCCGUCCAAGACUAUCCACCCGGCACCGUAUUCGAUUCCAACCAGGCGUAUACCCUGAAAAAGGGCAUUCGUGCCUUUCAGUUGGCAGUGCCAUCCAUGAAGGUGGGAGAACACGCCCUCCUCGAGUGUCGGGCCGAUUAUGCCUAUGGCAAGGAAGGAUUACGACGAGCCAAUGGGGAUGUCAUGGUGCCGGAAUACGCUACACUCUGCUUUGAUCUGAAGGUACUCAGCUAUACUACGGAGUAGCAGCUACAGUGUCACUCCUGGGCUUUGUAUAAUAUCAUUUUUUGAAUUUAUAUAUAGUUUCUUUUACCAAUAUCGGGCGUCUAUGGUUCUUGCUCCCCCGCUUGUGUAUAUCGGCGGUACUGUACGUAUACGUAUUAGAGUUGUAGGGUUUGCGGCAGCUCAGACUGUUGAGUCUCUUCGUUUGUGCGCUUCCCUGCCUUUUUUCUUUGCUUAUUACUUGUUUGUUCUUUGUUCAUUCACUAUCCAUUGGUGACAACCAACACGGUCCGACAUUCAUUCCCCUUUUUUAGUCCAUUGAACCAGCCAGUCUACCGGUAGCAAUGUGGCUGACUGUCUAAUUAACGACGUAGCUAGGUCUCACUUUCACUGUUUCCUCGGUGGCGCAGCAUUGGCAUUGGACGAGACACGAUUUAUCAAAUCGUCGUCUUGUUGUUUCCUCAUCAUACGAGCACACAUUUGAAACUUGUCUUGAAGUUGCUUAUUGGCCAUGCAUUCACCUUGCAACUCGUCUCGGUGGAGUUCCAGGGCUCGUCGAGCGGCGGAGAGGUCAAACACGUCGGAUAACCCACUGGUGCCAGUGUACAGUUUUUGCAGUUCAGUUCGAAUGUAUCUGUGGAAGUCAUCGACGAAUGGAAGCAUGAAGUAACAAUUAAACUUGGUAAUGACUGCUCUGCAAAACUGCUC